CAAUGGGAACGUGCUGCUGGCGAAGUAUCUGGACUGGGAGCGGCAGCGCGAGUACAACAUCACGAUCAGCAUCUCGGACGGGGUGCACAUGGUGUACACGCAGCUGUACGUGUCGGUGAUCGACAUUAACGACCACCGGCCCGAGUUCACCGAGUCGGUGUACCGGGUGGACAUUUCGGAGAACAUCGAGGAGGGCAUGGAGGUGCUGCAGCUGCACGCGACGGACGAGGACGAGGACAAGAAGCUGUUCUACAGCUUGCACGCGGCGAGGGAUCCGGUAUCGCUGAAGCUGUUCCGGGUGGACUCCGUCACCGGGAGCAUCGUGAUGGCGCACCGGCUCGAUCGGGAAACGCUCGCCGAGCACGUGCUGAUAGUGAUUGUGAAGGAUCAGGGCACGCCGGCGAAGCGCAACUACGCCACCGUCAUCAUUACCGUGCACGAUCACAACGACCACGCGCCCGAGUUCACGACGAAGAUCGUGCAGGGGAAGGUGUACGAGACGGCAGCGGUCGGGACGCAGGUGGUGCAGGUGUACGCGAUCGAUCGGGACGUGGGCGACAAUGCGCAGAUCGCGUACACGAUCGUGAGCGGCAACAUUGGCAACGUGUUCGGCAUCGAUCCGAGCAUGGGCGUGAUCAGUGUGGCGAAGCAGCUCGACAUCAGCACGCUGUCCGAGUACAUGCUGCAGGUGAAGGCGACCGACGGUGGGAAGCCGCCGCUUUCCUCCCAGAUCCCGGUGCACAUCAUGAUCGGCAUGGCGGACAACGCGCCGCCCCGCUUCAUCUCGGACGAUCCGGCGGCGGAAAUCUACGAAAACCAACCGAUCGGCACGUUCGUCAUCCACCUGGAGGCACGCAGCACCUCGUCGCUGCUGUUCCAGAUCAUCGGCGGCAACGUGGGCGACAUGUUCUUCAUCAACCCGUCGACCGGCGUCAUCACGACGAAGGACCAGCUCGACUACGAGCACAACAAGUUCUACAAUUUGACGGUGCGCGCCACGAACAUGGCAUCGGCGUCGGCCACCUGCUCGGUCACCAUUAACGUGCUGGACCGCAACGACAACGUGCCGUACUUCGAGCAGCAGGUGUACUGGGGCGAGGUGUCGGAGGCGGCCCCGAUCGGGUCGCUCGUGCUGACGCUGUCGGAGGCACUGGCGCCGAACGGCAGUGCGAUAACGGGCAACCAUAAUCAUCUCGUGAACGCUUCGCUGCCGCUCGUGAUCCGGGCGCGGGACGACGAUUCCGGCCUGAAUGCGCUGCUCCACUACGACAUCCUGGAUAUGCUGCCGCGCAGGUACUUCCACAUCGACUCGAGCACCGGCGCGAUCAAGACGAUCAUGUUCCUGGACCACGAAAAGAUCCCGUUCUUCAGCUUUCACGUCAAGGUAACUGAUCUCGGUAAGCCACGGCUGACGUCGGAACUGACCGCGGAAGUGCGCAUCAACAUCACGGACGUGAACGACUGUGCGCCCACGUUCAGCCAGAGCGAGUACAACGUGACGCUGCUGCUGCCGACCUACGCCAACGUGGCCGUGCUGCAAGUGAACGCGACCGACGAGGACAGCUCGGAAAACUCCACCCUCCGGUACGACAUCAUCGAGGGCAACCGGGACGGUGUGUUCGCCAUCGAUGCCACCACCGGCAUCAUCACGACGCGGGACGUCGAAAGCAUCGGCCCCGCCUACCGUCUCGCGGUGCGCGUCUCGGACGGCAAGUUCGCGAAGGUGGCGCAGGUGCACGUGAACGUCGAGACGUCCGAAAACUCGGGCCUCAUCUUCCAGCGCCCGACGUACGAGGGUUCGAUCAUGGAGAACAGCACGAAGAUCAGCACCGUCGCGGUGGUGAACGUGCUCGGCUCGACGCUGAACGAGCACAUCGAGUUUGCCAUCCUCAACCCGACCGACAUGUUCCAGAUCGGGCUAACGUCCGGCGCGAUCCAGACGACGGGCCGCAAGUUCGAUCGGGAGGUGCGCGACAACUACGAGCUCAUCGUGGAGGCCCGCUCCCAGCAGCCGGACCGGGAGAAGCCGCGCGUCGCCCACGUCAUCGUGAACGUGACGAUACUGGACAUCAACGACAACUGUCCGAUGUUUGUGAACCUGCCGUACUACGCGGUCGUGUCGGUGGACGAUCCGCGCGGCUCCGUCAUCACCAAGGUGCACGCGCUCGACCUGGACAGCUUCGAGAACGGGGAGGUGCGGUACGAGAUGAAGCGCGGCCACGGCGAGCUGUUCAAGGUGGACCGCAAGACGGGCGAGGUGACGCUGAAGCAGACGCUCGAGGGCCACAACCGCGACUACGAGCUGCUGAUAUCGGCGUACGACGGCGGCAUCACACCCUGCUCGACGGACGUUACCGUACACGUGAAGGUGAUAGAUAAAUCGAUGCCGGUGUUCAGCAAGCAGUUCUACUCGGACACGGUUGCGGAAAACAUCGAGCUGCAUUCGCCACUGUCGGUUGCCAUCCAGGCGGAGAGCCCGCUCGGCCGGAAGCUGAUCUACAGCAUCGUGAAGGGCAACGAGAUGGAGGAGUUUGCCGUCGAUUUCAACACGGCUCCGGACAGUACCAACGGGCCAUGUGCCAUCUACGUCGUGGACGAGCUGGACUACGAGCGGCGGCAGACUUAUGAACUUUUAAUUAGAGCCACGGACAGCGUGUCGGGCGUGUCGGCCGAGGUGCCCGUGUCGGUGCUGGUGCAGGACGUGAACGACUGCCCGCCGGAAAUCGAGCAGGACAGCUACAACAUCACCGUGUCCGAGCGGGCCCCCUUCGGUACGGCCAUCCUGAAGGUGCAGGCAAAGGAUAACGACACCGGUAUCAACCAGGUAAUCAACUACGCACUGCAGACGGAUUCCAAGAACACCUCCGAACACUUCCACAUGGACCCGGCGGACGGGGUGAUCUAUCUGAAGAAAUCGCUCGACCACGAAACGCUCAGCCACCAUCACUUUACCGUCGUUGCGUCGGACAAGGGCGUACCGAGCCUGAGCUCCACUGCCCACGUCUGGGUGUCAGUUAUGGACAUGAACGAUAACCCGCCCAAGUUCGAGCAGCCGUCGUACUCAUGCGUCCUGUCCGAGCACGCAUCCCGCGGCCAGUUCGUGACGGUCGUGUCGGCCUCCGAUCCGGAUUACAUCGAUCACGAUCGGCUGGUGUACACGAUUGCCCAGGGCAACGAGCUGCAGACGUACGGGAUCGAUCCGGUGAGCGGCAUCAUCACGCUGGUCAACAUGCAGAACUUUGCCGAGAAGCAUGUGUCCAUCCUGAACGUCUCGGUAACGGACGGCGUGUACACGAGCUUUACGCGCGUCAAAAUCACCAUCCUGCCGGCCAACCUGCACAAUCCCGUGUUCGAGCACAUGUUCUACGAUGCGAAGGUGGACGAGAACCAGCUGGCCGGGCGGCUCGUAACAACGGUCAAGGCAACGGAUAAGGACUUUGGCGAGUACGGCCGGCUAGCGUACUCCAUCAUCUCCGACGACAUGCAGGAGUACUUCUCGAUCGAUAAGGAGAAGGGCGAAAUCGUGACGAAGAAAAAGCUCGACCGGGAGGAGCGCAUGCAGUACGACAUCCCGGUGAUGGCGGUGGACGCGGGCGGCCGGGCCGGGUUCAGCACGGUGCGGCUGCGCGUCGGCGACGAGAACGACAAUCAGCCGGUGUUCCAGUACCGGGAGUACAAAACGCUCAUCCAGGGCAACCUGACGGUGAACACGACGUUCUACCGGGUGCGGGCGGUCGAUGCGGACGACAACCAGAAUGCGGUGGUGAAGUACUCGAUCUUUGACUCGCAGAACAGCGGCAUCCGGGAGCUGUUCGGGGUGGACGAGAAUACGGGCGGCCUGUACCUGCAGAAGAGUGCGGUUCAGUGGGAGAACCAACUGUUCCAGUUCUUUAUCCGUGCGCAUGACGGCGGCACGCCCUCGCUCUACUCGGACGUCCCGAUCGACAUCUACAUCAUGAGUUCGGCCGAAAACCCGCCCCUGUUCGAGAAGAAGGACCGCAAACUGUUCCUGUCGGAAAGCUCGCUGCCGGGCACGGUCAUCACGCGGCUGAAGCUGUCCGGCAACGUUACCGCCCGGUACCGCAUCCUGUCGGACGAGCUGGAAGAGCCACAGUUCUCGAUCAACGAUGCGGGGCAGCUGCGGCUGGCGAAGACGCUCGACCGCGAGGUGCGCGAUGCGCACCUGAUCGCGAUCCUGGCCGAGACGGACUCGAGCCCACCGCUCACGGCCGUCACCGAGAUCGUGCUGCACGUGCAGGACGAGAACGACAACACGCCGAUCUUCGAAAGCAACCCGUACUCGUUCGCGCUCGCGGAAAACAUUGAAAAGGGCAGCUCGAUCAUGAAGCUGACGGCGCGCGACGCGGACAGUGGCUCGAACGGGGACAUCCGCUAUGCGCUCUCGCCCGACGUCGGCGACAUUGUGAACAUCUUCGACGUGGACGCGUACACCGGCUGGAUCACGACGCUGGUGGCGCUGGACAAGGAGAAGCGCGAGGACUACAAGUUCCAGGUGCUGGCGACGGACAACGGGCAGCCGAAGCACACGACCCGCUCGACCGUGAUCGUGCGGCUGAAGGAUUACAACGACUGUCCGCCGGUGUUUCGCGAGGGGCAGUACAAGGCGAGCGUCAGCGAGGACGCCCUGCCCGGGACGGUGGUGCUGCAGAUCGCCACCACCGACAAGGACGUCGAGCUGCGGACGGCGGUCGAGUACUACAUCAUCGCGGGCGAUUCGCUGUCCCAGUUUCAGAUCAAAAACAGUGGCGAGGUGUUCGUGGUGAAGGCGCUCGACCGGGAGAGCAUCGCCGAGUACGAGCUGAAGGUGAUCGUGACCGAUGGCAAGUACACGGCGACGGCAAACAUCUCGAUCACGGUGCUGGAUGCGAACGACAAUCCACCGUACUGUUUGAAGUAUCGCUAUCGCGAACAGCUGAGCGAAGGGGCCCGCCCCGGCACGCACGUACUGCAGGUGCUUGCCAACGAUAUGGACGAGCCGGCGAACAGUCGGCUACGGUUCUAUCUCACCGGCAACGGCGCGGAAGACUUCAAUCUGGACAAGGACACGGGACACCUCAAGACGGCACGCAAGCUGGACCGCGAAACUCAGUCCCGCUACAGCCUGAUGGCGCACGUGCAGGACCGCGACCAUCCGGGCUGGGAGUGCUCGUCGCAGAUCGAGCUAGCGCUUACCGACCUGAACGACAAUGCGCCCGAAUUCUCGAUGAACCCGUACAGCGUGACGCUGCCGGAGGACGCGGAGGUCGGCACGCUGGUGACGAAGAUCCACGCGACGGACGCCGACAUCGGCAUCAACCGCAAGAUCAAGUACGCGUUCCUCGACUCGUACCGGGACCACUUCCGCAUCGCGCCCGAGUCGGGCAUCGUGACGCUCGCCAAACCGCUCGACCGCGAGCAGAAGGCCCUGUACAACCUGUCCGUCAGUGCGACCGAUCUGGGCCACCCGGCGCUCUCGAACGCGGCCACACUCGUCGUCAACGUGCAGGACAUUAACGACAAUCCGCCCGAGUUCACGUCGAAGCACUACUUUGCGUCGGUGCCGGAGAUCAAUGCGAUCGGGUCGGAGAUUUUGAAGGUGCUGGCCACGUCCAAGGACACCGGCAUCAAUGCAGAGAUUACGUACUCCAUCAUUGGGGGUAAUGAGCAUCGGAAGUUUGGCAUCCACAACCGGACGGGCGUCCUGUCGCUCGCCGACACGCUCGACUACGAGCGGGCGAAGGACUACUUCCUGACGAUACAGGCGGUGGAUGGGGGCACGCCGCCGCUCAGCAAUCUCGCCACGGUCAACAUCUCCGUCACGGACAGCAACGACAACCAUCCGCAGUUCACGCAGAACUCGUACAGCGCCCGGAUCCGGGAGGACGCGCAGCGCGGCGACCGCAUACUGCAGGUGCGCGCGAACGACCUCGACGCGGAGGAGAACGGGCGCGUCAGCUACACGAUCGAGCGGGGCGACCGGAUGGAGCAGUUCGCGAUCGAGGAGGACACCGGGUACGUGGCGGUGGCCGGCACGCUCGACCGCGAAUCCAUCUCGAACUACGUGCUGGAGGUGCAGGCGCGCGAUCACGGCGUGCCGACGCUGACCGCGUACGUGCUGGUGAACAUCGAGAUCUCCGACGCGAACGACAAUCCGCCCGUGUUCACGCAGCAGAACUACACCGCCGUCGUGCAGGAGGACAAACAGAUCGGCCACACGCUGCUGAAGUUCGACGUGACGGAUGCGGACACGGCCCCGAACGCGGCACCGUACACGUUCGACUUCCGCUCCGGCAACGAGGGCGGCGCGUUCCGCAUCGAGCAGGACGGCAUACUGCGCACGGCGACGCGGUUCAACAGCAAGAUCCGGGACAGCUACCAGCUGCAGGUGCGCGUGUUUGACAACGGCACGCCGCCGCUGUACUCCGACACGUGGGUGCUGGUGAAGGUGAUAGAGGAGUCGCAGUAUCCGCCGGUCAUCACGCCGCUCGACAUUGCGAUCAACUCGUUCCUGGACGAGUAUCCGGGCGGUGUGAUCGGGAAGGUGUACGCGACGGACCAGGAUCAGUACGAUACGCUUACGUACGGGCUCGCCCCAACGGUCGGUGUGCUGUACUCGCCGACCAACCUGUUCAACAUCUCGCGCAACGAUGGCGUCAUCUACGCCUACCCCCGGCUGGACGUGGGCGACUAUCGCGUCAACGUCACCGUCACGGACGGCAAGUUCGCCGCGUACACGAUCGUGAAGGUCGCGGUCGAGCUGAUCAACGAGGAGAUGCUGGCGAACGCGAUCGUGAUCCGCUUCCUCAAGGUGUCGCCGGAAGCGUUCGUGCUGAGCCACCGCAAGGGCUUCAUCCGCUCGGUGCGCAACGCGAUCGGGUGCAAGAUCAAGGACAUCAUCAUCAUCUCCGUGCAGCCGUCGAACGACGACGACCUGAACCUGAUACAGCACCGCGCCCGGCGCGAACUUUCCCACGGGACGGUGCGCGCGCGGCGCAAUGCGAACCGCGACCUGGACGUGCUGUUUACCGUGCGCAACGGGCAGACGGGCGGGUUCUACGCCGGGCACGAGAUACGGCGCGUGAUCGACGAGAAUCUGGAGGAGAUCGAGGACGCGACCAAGCUCCAAAUCGACGAGGUGGUCAAGUCGAAGUGUUUGCCGAACUACUGCAUCCACGGUGAGUGCGAGGACCGGAUCGUGCUGGACGCGAAGCUGAUCCACCCGGUGUCGACGGACGUGACGAGCUUCGUGUCGGCGCGGCACGCGCACCGCAUGGAGUGCGCCUGCCGGGAGGGGUACGGUGGCGACAAGUGCCAGCACGCGGUGAACGAGUGCUCGAAGGCGCCCUGCCCACCGUACAAGACGUGCGUGCCGGACUCGUCCGACCAGGGCUACCACUGCACGUGCCGGGAAGGGUUCGCCGGGCCGAAGUGCGACCGGGACAUCACGCUGUGCCACGACGAGACGUGCUACGUGCCGCGCAACCCGGUGUCGUUCAGCGGCAAGAGCUACGCGCACUAUCGCAUCGAGAAGGAGAUCGCGCGGAAACACCUGGAGGACCAGCUGGUGCUCGGGCUGCGGCUGCGCACGGUACAGCCGACCGGCAACAUCAUGUACUCGGCGGGCAAGGUGGACUUUAACGUGCUGGAGAUCAUGAACGGGAUGAUCCAGUACCGGUUCGAUCUCGGGUCGGGCGAGGGCCUGGUCAGCGUGUCGAGCAUCUUCGUGUCGGACGGGCUGUGGCACGAGGUGCGGCUCGAGCGGGAAGGCAACAGUGCGAAGCUGUUCGUGGACGGGAAGCACGUGGCCCAGGGCAAUGCGCCGGGCGUGAACGGUGUGCUGAACCUCCAGUCGGACGAUAUCUUUUUCGGCGCGGAAGUGAAGCAGCACCCGACCGUGCUCGGCUUCCAGGACGUGCAGCGCGGCUGUGGGUGCAUGGACGAUAUACGCCUGUCCAAGAUACCGGUGCCGCUGCACAUGAAGGGCGCCAGCUCGGUCGCAAGCCUGCGGCAGUUCGCGAACGUGGAGUUUAGCUGCGACGCGGCGUCGGUGCUGGUGCCGCUGGGCGUUUGCGGCACGCAGCCCUGCUGGAAUGGUGGCACCUGCAAGGACAUCGGGGGCGGCAACUUCGAGUGUUUGUGCCACUCGCGCUUCAAGGGACCGUACUGCAAGGAGGACCAGAACCCGUGCGCCUCCUCGCCCUGCCUGUACGGGGGCAAGUGUGCGAAGGUUGGGUUCGGGAACUACACCUGCGACUGUCCGGCGCGCAUGUCGGGCAAGCGGUGCGACUACGGGCGCUUCUGCACACCGAACCCCUGUCGCAAUGGCGGCGUGUGUGAGGAGGGUGACGAUGGGCCGCUCUGCAUGUGCCACGGGUACUCGGGCACGUUCUGCGAAACCGACAUCGAUGAGUGCGAGCGACAGCCGUGCGGCAGUGGAGCGACGUGCAUCAAUGAGGCGGGCAGCUUCCGCUGCAUCUGCCCGCCGGAGAUGACGGGGGCGAGCUGUGGCGAUCCGCUCAGCUCGAACGCACUGACGAUCGCGUUCAAGAAGGUGUCGUCGGAUCUGUUCUUCCUGGCGGUGGGCAUCGUCGGGCUCGCGCUGGUCAGCGUGGUGGUGUGGGGCGUCACCUGCGCCUGCCGCAAGAAGCGGCGCUCGAGCCGGCACGAGAAGAUCAACAACGAGGCGAACAAGGGCAUCGUGCUGAACCCGGUGUCGGAGGCGUCCGGCUACAAGCGCGGCUCGAAGAUGUCCAACCUGGAGAUACAGCGCGACCAGCGGCCGGUUUCGUACACGCCGAGCAGCAACAACGCGGCCGACCAUCUGUACAACUGCAACGCAAUGCUGCAGUACAACAAUCUCGACACGCUGCGCAGCUACGGUUCGGCGGGCGAUGAGCUGGAGAAUGUGCCGCCCGAGUAUCGCAAAGGGACGGUACCGUGCACGCAGCAGAUGGUGGUCAACCUGAACAGUGGUGGCGGUGGUGGUGGUGGCGGGAACGCAAACACCUCCGACACCGAGUCGCUGCACAAGCAGAAGUGGACGGAACAGAUCCAGCUGCAAACGUUCACCGACAAGAUCAACAACGAUCUGAAGCGGCGCGGACAGGGCGGAUCGCCCGAUCCGCUGCUGCAACAACAGCAGCAGCAACAGCACCACCAGCAGCAGCAACCUCCACAUCCCAGCACCACCCAUCUGCGCGUUUCGCCGAUGCAGCUGAAGCCGGCCCAGAUGGGCGUACUGCCCGGCCGGCUGCUGAACACGCAGCACUCGCCGACGAUGCUGAUGCCACCGCACAGCUUCGAGGACGGGCCGGCGCAUCACGGCAGCACCGCCGCCUACCACUGGGACUGUUCCGAUUGGGUCGGGCGCGGGCACCAUCCGCUGCCGAACAUUACGGAGGUGCCGGGCAGCGAGGUGCCGGACUCGUCCAGCUUCCACAGCAACGAAAGCAAUGAAUCGCACCCGAAAGCUAGUCUUCUUCCGCCGAUUCUAGGACCGGUAGAUUCGACGCGAGACAUCGAAACGCUGAACGAGGAUAACGAGUCGGAGUACGUGGACGACUCGGAGUGUGAUCAGAGUGAGCAGCCGCUUUCGUUGGGCUUCGAGCAGAACUCCUCCAUAUCCUGCCUGAACCCGCUCGACAGUGGCAGUGAAGACUAUAGAUUUAACACAGUGCCUUUAAAAGUUAAUACACCUGAUAGUUAUCUGCGUCACCCGAACAGCUACUUGCCGAAGUAUAACAUACAGAGCGAAACGGAGGGCGAAAAUGUGCCACUGACGGGCCGGAAGCCGCUGAACGGGCUCGAGAUCGGCCGGCACCAGCUGGUCGAGUCGGACGACGACGACGUCGAGUCGUACGGUUUUCCCCAAACGCGCCGGAACCGUCGCGAACCCAGUGAUAUCGAUUUAGUUUUAAAAACUGACGAAGGCAGCUCUCUGCUAAGCCAUUCCCGCACGCUGAACAGCUCCAAUCACUCGAACAGCGAUCUCUCCACCCAGCUGUGCGAGAUCGAUGACUCCGAGUACGAGGAGAGCCACCAUCAGCAGCAGCAGCAGCAGCACCUCCAUCCCCAUCAUCAUCACCAUCACCAGCAUCACCAUCAUCAGCUCCCGCCACCGCAGGCGAACGUGUCGUCCGGUGGUUCGUCCGGUGGUGGCAGUGUCGCUUCGACCAGCGCCGGCAGUACCGGUGCGACCGCCAAACCGAAGCAACAGAAGGUCAAGUGGAGCAACGUCGUCCAGCAGACGGAAGUUUGACAGCGGCAGCUAAUCGAUGACAGCAGCAGCAGCAGCAGCAGCAGCACUCGCCCACAGAUGGCGCUAACAGAUAAGACUUAUUUUACUACUUCUAUUACUACUACUACUAGUACUUUUAGUGCUACCAUCAUGACUACUUUUAAUGCAAUCGUGUGGUGGUGGGGCACGCACCCCCUACAGCAGCCACUAUUCCACGCAAUGGUAGCGCUGGUGCGAUCCCUGCCCUGCCACUCGUGCGCGGCAGCACUGGGGCGGUGCUACUGGUUCCGGAAGUCACUACCAUCACCACAAACCACUACUUCAUUCCAGCGCCACUGGUUCUUUGUGGUGGGAUAAUUUAUUUAAUUUAGUAUACAGCCGCACCCGUGUGCCGCUGGAGCAGCUCUUCUUCCCCGCGGUGCUUGUUUGUCCCUGCUUUGUGUUUGUCGGUGGCAAAUCGUUUCGUCCUAAGAGUAUCGGCCACAGUUGUUCAAGGUUCUUUCCUUUUUUUUAUAACUGCUUAAGUAGUGAGUAAUAAGCGAGGGCUUCACUGUACCAAUCAUCUUCCAUCAAACUGUCGUAUCGGAUGAGGAAAUAUCAUUCAACUGUGCAUUGGCACAGUUGCACACAAACAACACUAUGUCCUCACAUUCUCAGCGUCAGGAAAAAAAAGGAUCGAUUUCAUCAAAUCAUCGCAACUAAGGACUGAACAAUAUUCACUGGAAAUCCACUCUUUUCCUGUUCAAUUAAGUUGAUGGUAAGGAGAGAAGUUUAGUUUAGAUUAACGUGUAUCCACAUUCUUCUCCACAACAUAAAUAGCACGACGACCCUCGAUAAAGUCCGUAAAAUACACACCGCCAUCCAGGGCGAGAUAAUUGCAUGGGGUAGGUUUAACACACACACACACACACACACACACACACCUCGACGCAAACACCUUCCAUUAGGAGAAGAUUCAAUAGAGGAUUACCAGUUCAGUAUUCGGGCGCUACGUUGCGUUUAUCAACCUUGGUGUCUCUGUGUGUGCAUGCUUUCCUGUUAAGCGGCUAGCUUAAUUCAGUUCCUCGCCUUCUUUCGGUUUCUCGUUUCUCGGCGACCUGUUUGCCGACCGGUUUACGGAAAGGGAGGGAGCGAAAUAUGCCGAAUGCCAUUAAUGGAUUUCCGCCUUAAGUGUGUCUCGUUUUUAUCGCAAUCGACGCCUCGGUGGAACUUCACAAUCAACUCAAACGUAACAACUGUUGUCCUACCACUAAUUUGCCUUUAGUUUAGCCUCAUCAUCUAAGCGUUCAGUGUUUUUUUUUUUUUAAUGUUACUUUUGUACCACCCGUCACGAGAUUCCAACGUUGUAACUUAAUAUUCCACACCGGUUAGAUGGCGAGACGGCGGAAACGGCUCCCCCUGCAUCCAAUAGGCUCUGUUGUGCUUUCUUUUUUUCCAAUAGGAUAUAAAGUGCAUUUUUUAUAGCAACGUGGGAACAGCUAGCGUUAGUUUAGAUGAGAGGACAAUAGGAAUUUUUGCAUCCAUUCUUGCCUCUUUUGUUUUACUCAACAUAAUCGCACAUUUUCACAUUAAUUGUUUUUUUUUUUAUAAUAAUUACUAGAAGAACAAUACAUAACCCUAGGUUUGUCGCGAUUUCAUUAAUGUGAGUUCUGUAAGGAAGAGCAUUUUAUGUGGCCGCUCUAUUAUUUAAGGUAACCUGACCCCACCCUCCAAACUUCUACUUCAAAACCCCGGUUUGUGUUGUGAGACGGCGGCGAGGAGAAGCUACUCCCACCCGCCAUGAAUAGCGUUCGAGUUGGACGGUGAAUGAGCUAAAGUAGGAAAUAUUACAAAAAAAAAGAGAAGAAGAAACUAUAACUUAGCAGUCCUUAGGAAGUCCUUAGUAAAAUAUUGAAGAGUAAGAGAAAAAAAUAAUAACGAAAAAAAAACUAAACAAUCGAAGUAAUGCGAAGAAAGAGCGCACCGAAAGAGGAAAAGCGCAGAUGAGCAACUGUAUCAUAUGACACAAACAAAGUAAAAAAAAAACGAACCGACUAAGCAAGGGAGAUAACAAAAAGCCCGCAUACAAGAAUUAGGAUAAAAACGAAUCAUGCGAAUCUUUAUUCUUUACGUUUGGGAACAAAAAAAAACACAACCACGAAACACACGAACGAAGUGGACGGGCCCGUGUUUAGUAGUGUAGCAUCAAUGGGAAACUCUCCACACACACUCACACACUUUUUCUCGCUAGCGGGAAGGGUGGGACAACUAUAUCAAAAGUAUUAGGGUUAAAUCUAGAACAAACAGGAGUAAGCAAACCAGAGACCGGUGCAGCAUGAAAUGAACAACAAAACACUCGUACUAAGGAAUAGCUUGUUGGAGCGUUUGGUGCAAAAGGGGAAAGAAGCGAAGUUAGAAGCGAAGUAACUAGACUAUCACAUUUUAUGGGGAAGAAACGAAAGAAGAAAAAGAGAUGAACUACGCACUUCUUUAUAAAUUCUUUUUUUUUUCGACCGUUUUUAAUAGGCAAAAUCGAUUGAAAUUGAUUCAACAUAGAAGUUUUUAGCACACUAUUAAUUUGUUUGUUUCGAGAUGCAUGCAAUUUUGAACCAUCUAUCACUUUUUACGAACAUUAUUUCGCAAUUAAAUUCAAAAGAAACAAUUCUCUUUAACCUGCAAUAGUUGUUGAAUGGAGAAGCAGAUUAAUAUAUGAAUUAGUCUCAUUUCAUGUCCACGCACCCGGAGAUACAGAAAGAGAUAGAGAUAGAGCAAGAGAGAUCAAACGAAAGGCGUAUUUAUACAGUAGUCGCAGCGCAGUGUGUUCUCCCUGUACUGAUCAAACGAAAACAAAAUGUGCGCACUAAAAAGUUUGAUGCAGCAUGCUGUGCGGAGAGCAUACGUGUGUAUGUAUGGCAGUGAGGAAGUAAAUAAAUUUCUGAGAUAACUAUUUUUAAA